AUAAUUUCUUUAAUGUACUAUUAGCAUGAACAACUAACUUUUUUUUUUUUAUCAAUCUAUAUAGUUUUCUCAUGCAAGUUGUCAAUCUACGACGUUAUCUUCCGGAGAACACGAUGCUAGUUAUAGUCAAAGAGUUUCGAUCAUUGAUCAAUCCGACAAAUCCCACAUUGAAAUGGCAGUUCAUCGCGAUCACCACCAUCAUCAACACGGCCAUCACAUGAUGUUGAAUGAUCCUUCAACGACAGUGUUUUUCGUGUUUGAUGAACUAAAGGUUGGGAACACAUUUCCUACCUACUUUCCUAGAAUAGACCCUUCAUCCUCUCCUCGUUUCUUGCCAAGAAAGGAGGCCGAAUCUCUCCCUUUCUCAUCUCAAGAGCUUCCUUCCCUUCUUAGAUUCUUCUCUUUCCCUCAACAAUCCCAACAAGCCGUAGCCAUGGAGAAAACCCUUAAAGUUUGUGAGAUGAACCCAAUAAUCGGCGAGACCAAGUUAUGUGCAACCUCUUUGGAGUCCAUGCUUGAAUUUGCCCGUGACAUGCUUGGAUUUGAUCAUGUUUCGAAAAUCCGAUCCGUAUCUACCAUUCAUCUAACAAAAUCUAACACUCUUUACCAAAACUUUACGAUCAUGGAUUUCUCGGAAUAUGACGCGGCUUCAAAAAUCUUGCCUUGUCAUUCGUUGCGUUACCCAUAUGCGGUGUUCUAUUGCCAUUAUCAAGAGAACGAAAACAAGGUGUUUAAGGUCUUGUUGAAGGGUGAGAAUGGAGAUAGAGUGGAGGCGGUUGCGGUUUGCCACAUGGAUACUUCCCAUUGGAGCAAAACCCACGUUUCCUUUAAGGUUACAGAAACUGAGCCUGGUUCUUCAUCGGUGUGCCACUUCUUCCCCGCCGAUCAUCUUGUUUGGAUUCCAUCUUCAUCGACUUUGAUUUGAUUAUCGUGAUUGAUGUUACCACC